AUGCUCAGACAUCAGGAGUCUGAGCACACCCCACUAGUAGGAAAGAAAGCUGGAGUCAUUUCGGUGCUUUUCCUUUACCAGUAUCAGUGCUUCGCUAUACUGACAUUCUGUGCAUCUGAUAAUCCUUACAGUUGGGCGUUCCGGGAGGCAGACUUACUCAAAAAUUUCAAGGGAACAUCUGGUGCCGUCAUACCUAAUGAACCAAUUUUUAUCACUUCUCUUAAGACCAAUGUCAUUCCCUCCCUGCCAUCAUCCACAGACAUCAAAAUAUUCCAUGACAGCUGUUUUGGAGAGCAUGAUUGGACCAGGUUUCCCCAGUUCUAUUCCGAAUCCUUGUGCCAUCUUGUUGCAGUCCUUCGCCAACCAAAUCCAAAUGAUCUCCAGCACCCAUACAGGGAAUAUGGUGCAUUUUGGUGCAAUGUCAACUCGGAGACUGAUAUCAAAUGGAACGAGAGUGUUCAAUUGUCAAGCAUGACAAUAGAUUCUUUCAAUAUACAAGUCAUGGUUGCCACCACCCAGUGUUUCUGGUUGGAACUGGUCGCUGCCUUGGAUUAUAUGGAGGUGUACAAGCCUAUCAUGGAUGGUCAUGCGCAACAUGAUGCGGGACAUUGGCCGGACAGACUUAUGGGUGCAUUCACAUCUGACAUGAGCACAGUUCAAUUCCUCCUUUGCGGCGGGAUACCUGCUUACUUCAUCCAACCCCUUAGCACUUUCAACAAUCAAGUCAUCGAGAGAGUAGUCAAGUUAGCUCAGUCAUCAGUCGACACCACGUGUCCUGAUCCUGGUUAUCCUAUUGUUUUCACUGGCGACCCCACUGACCCCAAGAAAUAUUAUGCGAUACACACAUUUCUUUGUCAAUUUCAGCACUACACGCUCCCGUUCCAUGGUCAGACAACUGCAUCGACCCCCUCCCAUAACCAUGUACCAGUAGUAUUGUUGUCGUCGAUGGACUUGAGCCUUGUGGCUCCCAGCUCCAGGCCUGUUCGAUCCAAGUCUGUUGUGGGUAGACAUGAAAAGGGUGGUCCUGCAUCUCAGCGGAAAAAGAAAAAGGGAUCAAAAAAUGUCCCCCUGGUCGUUCGCAACAAGUUUGAGGACCUGAGUGGCAUAUAUGCUCCUCCGCCGAUUCCUGCUUGGAUGAACAUCAAUGCCCUAAUCAACAAGGAUCCCAAGCGCACUGCUCUUCGCAUCUCUGACCCUCAUGACAAUCACUAUUUCUUCCCUGACCCCGGCAUGUUGACCUUUGCCAAUGCAGUCUGCCAAAAGGCCUAUUUUCAACAGCUGGAUCAUUGCUUUGACAUCUUGGUCUAUCGAUCCACCACUUCCGACUUCUUGCCACUUCACCCUCAAAAAUGGCAUGACCUGUUGGCGCUACCACUAAAAUACCAUGCUGAUGAUAUCUGUGAACAGUCCUCUACUGCUGCCGAGAGCUCCACUCAAUGUCGUAAAAGGUUUGAUGCAGCCAAGGAGAUGUUGGGUUCCUGCAUGCAUGCUCACAGUGUUAUAAUUGAUCUGAUCACGCCGCCAGCCAACAGUGAAGAACCAUUCAAUCCUCGUCAUGGCCAGGAGCUUGUAUGGCAGCUCUACGAUCAAGACCCAGACGAUGCUGUCACCAACUUUCGCAUGGAGCAUCAAAAUCUGAUUCUAGAGAUUUUUCCAGAAGACUUAUUGAGUUCUGUAUCACUCACAAGAAUUGGAGUCACUGAUAUGAACACCUGGAUGGAAUACUCUGAUGCCCUUCGAAGUAAAGGGUUUCAUGGGGCCAACUACUGA